UAAAUUUGUUUUUGUUUUACCCAUAAACACCCCAAACUUUAACUCACGUUACGUUCCAGCCUUUCGUAACCCUUUAGCACUGGUCGCAUUGGCGAGCAAUUUUGGUUCCCAGUAACGACGCUUAGCUCAGCUUUCUCUAUUCCCCCAUGGAAACUUCCGCCGGACAUCCGCCGGGAACAUCUCUCCACAUCAACUCCGGCGACAUUCUCCGACAAGACAAUCCCCAAAAUGACAAUGACAAUUCUUCCCCUCCUCAAACGACACCUGAACCUGCCGUUUCAGACUCUCAACCCGACGACCUUCCAGAACCUUCCAAACCGGAAAUACCCCCCUCCGAAUUACCACCACCGCCCACCGGAAACACCCCACCCCAAGUCAAAAAACGACGCCGUAGAAAACGUUUCUUCACGGACAUGAUUCCCACCUCAGUUUCCGCCGCCGCCGUCUCCGGCCUCCGUGUUCUCCGCCCUAACCCUAAACCCUCCACCGCAUAUUCAUACUCCGAGACGGAAUUAGCUACCGGUGACGACCUUAAUAAGAAUCACAAUCGCCGGCGAAGGAUUUCCGAUCUCGCUAAAGAAGUCGACCUUGAAGCCCUAAUUGCUAUCUCCGUUGGGUUCCCUGUCGAUUCCCUUACAGAGGAAGAAAUUGAAGCUAAUGUAGUUUCCGAAAUUGGGGGUGUUGAACAAUCUAAUUACAUUGUCGUACGUAACCACAUCCUCGCACGUUGGCGGUCCAAUGUUACUGUUUGGCUCACAAAAGAUCAUGCUUUGGAGUCCAUACGAGCUGAACACAAAAACCUCGUGCAUUCUGCUUACACUUUUUUACUACAACAUGGGUAUAUCAAUUAUGGAGUAGCUCCAGCUAUAAAAGAACUAAAAUUUAAGACACCCGAAGGGGUCCCGAAAGGGAAUGUAAUCGUUAUUGGGGCUGGGUUAUCAGGUUUAGUUGCUGCGAGGCAGUUGAUUUCGUUGGGGUUUAAAGUUGUGGUUCUUGAAGGAAGGGGUAGACCUGGUGGCAGAGUGAGGAGUAAGAAGAUGAGUGGGGGACGAAAUGGGGUUGUUGCUGCUGCUGAUUUAGGUGGGAGUGUGUUAACUGGAAUAAAUGGUAAUCCGUUGGGUGUUCUGGCGAGGCAGCUAGGCAUUCCGCUUCAUAAGGUGAGAGAUAUUUGCCCUUUGUAUUUGCCUAAUGGUAGAACUGUGAAUUCGGAUAUUGAUUCUAAAGUUGAAGCGUCGUUUAAUAAGUUGUUAGAUAGGGUGUGUAAACUUAGGCAGGCAAUGUUGGAUGAGGUUAAGAGCGUGGAUGUUUCGUUAGGUACUGCGUUGGAGACGUUUAGGCAUGUGUAUAGAGUGGCUGAGGAUCCCCAAGAGCAAAUGCUUCUGGAUUGGCAUUUGGCCAAUUUGGAGUAUGCUAAUGCUUCAUUGAUGUCCAAUCUGUCGAUGGCGUUUUGGGACCAGGAUGACCCUUAUGAAAUGGGGGGUGAUCAUUGUUUCAUCCCUGGAGGAAAUGAGAGGUUAAUUCGGGCUCUGGCAGAGGACAUUCCUAUUUUUUACGAUAGGACAGUGGAAAGUGUAAGAUAUGGUACUGAUGGGGUUUUAGUGUAUGCUGGUGGGCAGGAAUAUCGUGGGGAUAUGGUUCUCUGCACGGUUCCACUGGGAGUGCUGAAGAGGGGCAACAUUGAGUUUGUACCCGACCUUCCUCAGCGCAAGAAAGAUGCGAUUGAGAGAUUAGGAUUUGGAUUGUUGAAUAAGGUUGCUAUUCUGUUUCCCUACGACUUUUGGGGUGGAGAGAUUGAUACUUUUGGACACUUGAAUGAGGACCCGAAUAUGAGGGGUGAGUUUUUUCUGUUCUAUAGUUAUUCUUCGGUUUCAGGUGGACCCCUUCUUAUUGCUCUUGUAGCUGGAGAAGCAGCAGUAAAAUUUGAAAAGAUGUCUCCUCUUGAAUCUGUUGGGAGGGUUCUUGAAAUUCUGAAGGGAAUAUUCAGUCCGAAAGGAAUUGCUGUUCCCGAUCCACUUCAAGCAGUUUGUACGCGUUGGGGACAGGAUCAGUUCUGUUAUGGUUCUUAUUCCUAUGUUGCAAUUGGAGCCUCAGGGGAUGAUUAUGAUAUCCUCUCUGAGAGUGUUGGCGACCGAAUUUUCUUUGCAGGUGAAGCAACUAAUAAACAGUAUCCUGCAACAAUGCACGGGGCUUUUCUCAGUGGGAUGAGAGAGGCUGCUCACAUACUGAGAGUUGCGGAUAGAAGGUCAAUAUCUCCAGCUGAGAAAUCAAAUAAUUUCAGUCAAGAAAACAUUAUUGUUGUAGAUAAGUUCUUCGAUACUCCAGACCUUAAAUUUGGUAGUUUCUCUGUGUUGUAUGAUCCCAUAUCAACUGACCUGGAGUCUAAUUGCUUAAUACGAGUUGCAUUGCAAGGAGAGAAACUUUUAUAUUUAUAUAGCCUGAUCGCUCGAAGGCUAGUACUGGAGCUAAGCAAAUUAGAAGGGGAUCUGAGCAGGAUACAAAUGUUAACACGUGACUUUGGGGUGAAAUUGGUUGGUUGGAAGAAUUUAUCCGCUGCUGCAGGAUCUCUAAUCACCUCCAUCGAAUCGGCUAGAUCAGUUUGAAUUUGGAGCUACUAGUUCUGGUUGAUGCAGAUAAGAUAAUAUAUAAGAUAAUUUUAUGGCACAAAUGUGCAGUUCAAUUGUACAAUGUACAUCAAUCCCAAGUUUUACUCUUACAUCA